UAAUUCUAUUGGUUUCGUGCGUGAUUCUUCUGCGGGCGGAUCUUGAUUGCUUGCUCCGAGGGGCAUCACCUGGUCUGUGGAUCUUUGGUCGCUUGUUGUUUGGUUCUGAUUGGAGUUGACCUGUUUGGCAAUUGGGUCUGCAGUUUAUUCAAACAGUUCUUUUUGUGGGGAGUUCCAACAGUGAUUGGUACUUGGGGAUUCCAAGGGCUAUACAUCUACCAAGACGAGAAACAAUGUCAGAUGAUACGCCUAUUGACUCCUGGGAGGCUGCAGACAUUCCUGUGACAAAUUUAGGUGACACCAUUGAGCUGGACAGUGACACUUGUGGUUGCAAGGGAUCGAAGGUUGAACAGUCACUCCGGCACCGAAGUGGGAUUUACUAUCGUACAUUUGAUAUUAGCUCUGGAGAGGAAUCAGAUUGCAAACAGUCUGUCAAGGAUCAACCUUUGAAACGUUCCCGGCAAAAGAGUGAUGUGUCCAGAAGUGCUAAUAAGUACAAAUGUGAAAUGAAACCUUUUAGAUGGCUUUCCAAAGAUGCACGCAGACCUGUUAUCGAUGAAGCACCUGUGUUUUAUCCAACAGAGGAGGAAUUUGUAGAUACACUUGGUUACAUUGCUAGCAUAAGAGAGAAAGCAGAAAAAUAUGGUAUAUGUCGCAUUAUUCCACCUUCCUCUUGGUCACCACCUUGUCCUCUAAAAGAAGAGAACUUCUGGCGGUGUGCUAAAUUUAGCACUCGAAUACAAGAAGUUGACAAGCUUCAAAACAGAGAGCCAAUGAGAAAAAAGUCUAGAAAUCGUUGUCAUAAAAGAAGGCGAAGAAAGCGCUUGAGAUUUGGGAUGACUCGUAGGAGAAAUGCCUCUGCUGCUUCUGAAACCAAUGACUGUCUUGGCUCAGACACAGAUGAGAAGUUUGGUUUUCAAUCUGGAUCAGACUAUACACUUGAGACAUUUAAAAAAUAUGCUGAUGAGUACAAAAGACGGUAUUUUGGAGUUAAAGGUGCUACUGAAAGUAUAGAUUUCCAAGAUGACAACCGUGAGAAGAGGUUGGAGCCCUCAGUAGUGGAUAUUGAAGGAGAAUAUUGGCGGAUAGUUGAGGAUCCAACUGAUGAGAUUGAGGUCCUUUAUGGUGCUGAUCUCGAUACUGCAACAUUUGGUAGUGGGUUUCCUAAAGCAUCUGCAGAAAAUAAGAUUUCAUUGGAUCCUUGUGUUCUUUCAGGCUGGAACUUAAAUAAUCUACCACGGCUUCCUUGUUCGGUUCUUUCAUUUGAAAAGGAGGAUAUCUCAGGGGUGUUAGUACCUUGGUUAUAUGUGGGAAUGUGCUUUUCCUCAUUUUGUUGGCAUGUGGAAGACCACCAUCUUUAUUCUUUAAACUACAUGCACUUUGGUGAUCCCAAAGUAUGGUAUGGGGUUCCAGGCAAUGAUGCUGUGAAGCUGGAGGAUGCCAUGAGAAAACAUCUUCCUGAUUUGUUUGAAGAGCAACCGAAUCUGCUGCAUGAAUUGGUUACGCAGUUGUCCCCCUCUGUCCUAAAAUCUGAAGGAAUCCCUGUAUAUCGUGCUGUUCAGAACCCUGGAGAAUUUGUUCUUACUUUUCCAAGAGCAUACCAUUCUGGUUUCAACUGCGGAUUCAAUUGUGCUGAGGCAGUAAAUGUUGCUCCAGUUGACUGGCUUCCACGUGGUCUUUGUGCUACUGAGUUGUAUAGUGAACAACACCGGAAAACAUCCUUGUCCCAUGAUAAGUUACUGGUAGGGGUUGCAAGGGAAGCUGUUAAAGAGCAGCUGGAGCUGUAUUUUCUUCAGAGUAGCAAUCCAAGAUUACUUAGGUGGGAAAAAUUUUGUGGGAAGGAUGGAGUUCUAACUAAGGCCCUUAAGGCAAGAGUCAUUAUGGAGAAUAAAAGAAUGGAGAGUGUUUCUAGUAUUUCAAAUGUGAGAAAGAUGGACAAGGAUUUUGAUUUAUCAACUGAAAGAGAAUGCUUUUUAUGCUCUUAUGACCUGCACCUGUCUGCUGCUGGUUGUGAAUGCUCCCCACAUCGCUAUGGAUGUCUGUCCCAUGCGAAACAUGUAUGCUCCUGUGAGCCUAGUAAAAAAAUUUUACUGGUUCGAUAUAACUUGGAUGAACUAAAUGCCCUCGUGGUGGCUCUGGAAGGGGAUUUGGGUGCAGUGAAAUGUCACAGAUUAGAGGACUUUGGAUUGGUGUUACCUAUGCAGUUGAAAUUAUUGGAAGAACCAAAAGAUUCCUUGGAUAAAGGCAUCUCUGAACAUGAGAGACCACUGAUUGAAGUAGAUGCUAUGGAUGCUGAUACUAGAGUCCACAAUCAGUAUAGUGAUGACCAAGUAUCUAAAGCUCUUUGUCUUGAAUAUAUAGAGGAUAAAACCUUCAGUCUUUUUCAAAAACCAAGAAGAAUUCAUAAUAUCAAUGAGCUGUUUACAUCUGGAUAUGCUCAUACUGCAGAAAUUGUCAUUUCAAAUGAUGAAGAAGGGAAUUGUGUAAAUACAAAAUCUGAUGCAGUACCUUCAGAUGUGAAAUCAUAUACUGUGCUGCAUAAUGUUAUUGGAUGUCAGGGGUCAUCAUCAGGAAAAGCUAACACCUUCCCAUUCAGCAGGAAUGAGGAUGAAGGGCAUCAGUUUUGUCCAGAUCUGAACAUAGGACAACCAACCAUGGAUUCUGUGGUCAAAACUGAAGAUUGUUGUGUUGAAUAUACCGAAGCAGUGGUAUGUGCUGUUAAGGAAGUGCAGAAUUGGAACUCUGAUUUAUCUCGACCGGAGUGUUCCUCAAAUCAUAGAGUCGCUGGUGUAAAUGGAUAUGGCAAGGCCAGGAAGAAAAUGGAGCAUGGUACUGUGAGAAAAAAAAAGAAAAUAAGAAUGGGUUCUGAUUGUGGGUUCUCAAAGUCCUCGAGUCCUGCUGACUUGGGUUCUUCCCAUGUUUCUUCUGAAAGGUUUUUAAAUAAGACAUCGUGUUCAAGCGAUACUGAAUGCUUCCAUAAACUUAGUCCUGAACUUUUUGGAGUUGACCUACAGCAUGAUCUCUACAGUUCAUCCAUGCCUUCAGACAGUCAACGAAGUCAGUCUAUGAAGGAUAAUUCAAACCAUUCGAGUGCAUUUAAUCAAGGCAUUAGUAAAUUUGAAAAGACUCAUCUAAUGCCAAAAUAUUGUGUUGAGCCUCUUAAUUUAGGAAAGUUGAAGCAUGGAAAGCAAUGGUGUAGUAGAGAAGCCAUCUUCCCAAAUGGAUUCAAAAGCCAUGUCAGAUUUUACAAUGUGCUCGAUCCGACAAAAUUAUGUAACUAUGUCUCGGAAGUUCUAGAUGCUGGAUGUUUGGGACCUUUGUUUAAGGUGAUUGUGGAGAACAACCCAGGGAUAUCUUUCACUAGCGCUUCUCCUUUACAGUGUUGGGAAAUGGUUCGAGAAAGACUAAACCAAGAGAUUGUUAGACAGCAAAAUCUUGGGAAGAAUGGCCUUCCUGAACUGCAAACCAUAGAAUCCAUGGAUGGGCUUGCAAUGUUUGGGUUCUUAUCCCCAUCAAUCGUUCAUGUUGUUGAAGCUCUUGAUCCUUACCAUCGGUGUUCGGAGUACUGGGAGUCCAAGUUGGGUUCAUCAUAUGUUUCUGAGAGGACGGAUGUGAAAGAUAAGCCUGCAGAAGUUCCUACGACUUUAGACAUUCAUGUCGGCAGUAGUGAUUGCCAUCAGGACAAGAGAAUUUUAUUGGGAGUGGAUUUAAAUGAGACGGAAGAGGAUGCAACAUAUGACAAUACUGUCGAAGAGGUUAAGAACAUAGCGAGAGGGCUCUUCAAGAAGGCAAGCCUUGAAGAGCUACGGGUGAUGCAGAAAAUUUUGUGCAGCGAGUCAGGAAGCAGCACAUGGAGAAGUGCGUACGGGGCCCUAUUAGAUGAGAUCCUGGAAAAUGUACAUAAAUAGAGUAUAAAAGCAAGCAAGAUGAGCCUUUGUUAGAUUGGCGAUGCAACUGCUUGAAUCUCUGCAGUCUUCUAGAUGAGACAAUGCCAUUCAGAGCCACUGUUCGUUUGGGUUGAAGUUAGACUGAUCAAAUUCUAUAGAGUUUUCCAUUUGGUUAUUCUUUCUGAUCUCCAUAAAGAACAUGAUGAAUUCAUGCACCGGUCGACUUGCCUGUGCAGCUAGAUAAUGUUUUUAGGGUUUGUUUUUUUAGUUCUUUUUUUUGGGCCCCGGGCCAUUAUUGCCCGUGGAGUGCCUGAUGUGAAUAAUUGCUAACAACACAGGCCAUUUGUACAAAAGAUAGUUUAAGACUAAUUUAUACAUUCGAGAAAAUAAAGAUUGAACA